AUGGAGUUAGUGGUCAGUGACGGUGUCCACCAGGCCACAUACAGUCCCCCAGUCCCUGUGUCAGUGGCCAACAGGAAGUCAACUUCUCCAGAGUUUAGUCCGUCUGGUUACUAUCAGGGCUAUGGAGAUGGGAGCAGUGUUUCCUCUGAAGCUCUAACCGGCUACGAGACGCUGGACGCACCGCCGCACUAUGACUUUUAUGCCAACACUGAGGUUUGGGGCAGACGGAGGCGCUUCAGACCGUCUCUGUACCAACUGUACGCCAACCCACAGGAUGAUUCUAGACCUCCUUUAUAUGAGGAGACAACAGGAGGAUCGAUGGACCGAGGAGGAGGAGACACCUCAGAGGAAGAUGAAGAAGAGCACAAGGAUCCUCCGUCUGAACCGACUCGCUUCGGUUGGAUCCAGGGAGUCAUGAUCCGUUGCAUGCUGAAUAUUUGGGGGGUGAUCUUGUACCUCAGGCUGCCGUGGAUCACAGCUCAGGCUGGUAUAGGUUUGGCGUGGGUGAUUAUUCUGCUGUCCUCCUGCAUAACUGGAAUCACAGGCCUCUCUACUUCAGCCAUUGCUACAAAUGGAAAGGUCAAAGGAGGUGGGACCUACUUCCUGAUCAGUCGUAGUCUCGGCCCAGAGCUCGGGGGGUCCAUCGGGCUCAUCUUUGCGUUUGCUAACGCCGUAGCUGUGGCCAUGCACACUGUGGGCUUUGCUGAGACUGUCACAGACCUCAUGCGUGAGCACGGAGCUUCUAUGGUGGACCGAACCAAUGACAUCCGAAUUAUUGGCGUCAUCACCGUCACAUGUCUUCUUGGUAUUUCAAUGGCGGGUAUGGCAUGGGAGUCAAAGGCCCAGAUUCUGUUCUUCGUGGUCAUCAUGGUGUCCUUUGCCAGUUACAUUGUUGGAACAAUAAUCCCUGCUUCAGCACAGAAACAAGCCAAGGGUUUCUUCAGCUACAAAGCGGACAUCUUCACUGCCAAUUUUGUGCCCAACUGGCGUGGAAAAGAGGGCAGUUUCUUUGGCAUGUUCUCCAUUUUCUUCCCCUCGGCUACUGGCAUCUUGUCCGGUGCUAACAUCUCUGGAGAUCUCAAGAAUCCAACAGUGGCCAUCCCCAGAGGAACGCUGAUGGCCAUAUUCUGGACCACCAUAUCCUACCUCAUCAUCACUGCUACCAUUGGGUCCUGUGUGGUGCGUGAUGCAUCAGGCAUAUUAAAUGACACCUUGUCUUCAUCCUCAUCCAUGGAGGACUGUGUCGGUCUGGCAUGUCAGUACGGAUGGGACUUUACCGAGUGCAUCAACAACAACACAUGCACCUUCGGCAUCAGCAACUACUAUCAGUCAAUGAGCAUGGUGUCAGCCUUUGCCCCCCUCAUCACUGCUGGUAUCUUUGGAGCAACCCUGUCCUCUGCUUUGGCCUGCCUCGUGUCAGCCCCUAAAGUCUUCCAGUGUCUAUGUAAGGACAAACUCUACCCUUUCAUUGGCAUUUUUGGUAAAGGAUACGGCAACAAUGAUGAACCGCUCAGAGGUUACCUGUUGGCAUAUAUCAUCGCUGUCUGUUUCAUCCUCAUUGCUGAGUUGAACACUAUCGCUCCAAUCAUCUCCAAUUUCUUCCUGUGUUCGUACGCGCUCAUCAACUUCAGCUGCUUCCACGCCUCAAUCACCAACUCACCAGGUUGGCGUCCAUCCUUCAGGUUCUACAAUAAAUGGCUGUCGCUGCUCGGAGCUGUGUGCUGUGUGGUUAUCAUGUUCCUGCUGACAUGGUGGGCGGCUCUUAUUGCCUUUGGAGUUGUCAUCUUUCUUCUGGGAUACACACUUUACAAGAAACCUGAGGUGAACUGGGGCUCUUCAGUACAGGCCAGUUCUUACAACAUCGCUCUGAACCAGUGUGUGAGCCUCAACCAUGUGGAGGACCACAUCAAAAACUACAGACCUCAGUGUUUGGUACUAACAGGUCCUCCCAGCAGCCGUCCAGCUCUGGUGGAUCUGGUCGGCUGUUUCACAAAGAGUCUCAGCCUCAUGAUGUGUGGCAAUGUCAUCACUGCUGGACCCUCUCCGUCAGUAAUGGAGAAGGCGAGCAGCGACAGUCAUGUGAAAUGGUUAAACCGAAGAAAGGUGAAGUCGUUCUACAGAGCUGUGGUGGCAUCGGAUCUGAGAUCAGGGGUUAACAUGAUGCUGCAGGGGGCAGGUUUGGGUCGGAUCAGGCCUAACGUCCUGUUGAUGGGUUUCAAGAAGGACUGGCGCAGUGACUCACCUCAGUCUGCACACAAUUACAUAGGAAUACUGCAGGAUGCAUUUGACCUGCAGUACGGUGUGUGUGUGCUGAGAAUGAAGGAGGGACUGGACGUCUCUCAUGUGUCUCAAUCGCAUGUCAAUCAUGGAUUUGACGGAGGACCAGAAAGUACAGAAAGGAACAAUUCUGCUCCCACCCGUCUUCAAACCAUCACUACAUCUGCUGUCCCACCUGCAGCAGACCCUCAGCACACCACAGUGUUCCAGAAAAAACAAGGAAAGAAGACUAUGGACGUGUACUGGCUCUCUGAUGAUGGAGGUCUGAUCCUGCUGCUGGCCUACCUGUUGACCCGCAGGAAGCGCUGGAGCAGCUGUAAGGUCCGAGUGUUCGUGGGUGGAGAAACAAACAAGAAGGAGGAGCAGAGGGAGGAGGUAUUGGCACUGAUCAAGAAGUUUCGUCUGGGUUUCCAGGAUGUGGAAGUGCUCCCCGACAUCUACCAGAAUCCCCAAUCUGUGAAUGUUCAUCAGUUUGAGAAUGUGGUGGCUCGCUACAGACUGGACAUGAACCCCAAGCAGGAAUCAGAUUCUGGUCCGAUGCGAGUACAGGAGGGGCCUUGGGUGAUCACGGACCAGGAUUUAGAGAGGAACAGAGCCAAGUCUCUUCGUCAGAUCCGCAUCAAUGAGGUUCUGCAGGACCAUUCCAGAGAGGCUGCACUCAUUCUUAUCACCAUGCCCGUGGGAAGGAGGGGAGUGUGCCCCAGUACUCUCUACCUGGCCUGGUUGGACUUUCUGUCACGUGACCUGAGACCUCCCGUCUUAUUGGUCAGAGGAAAUCAGGAAAAUGUCCUCACUUUCUACUGCCAAUGAAAUAUCACCUUGACCUUAUAGUAGCUACAGCAAAUGUACCCCACUAUAAUUAGAAUAUAUAUAUUUGUGACUUAUUAUGAUCUGAUCCUGUAAC